CCAUUUGUGAACCAGUCUACACUAUAUCUAAGGGAGGCUACUCUAACAAAACCAACAUGGCGUCUGUUCCGGAAAAUGCACCGGCUCACUGCCCGGGCACUGAGAGUGAGGAUGCAGGCAAAGCAAGUGCCUGUCAGGGGUGCCCCAACCAGACCACAUGCUCUGCUCUUCCGAAAGGACCUGACCCAGCUGUUGCAGAAGUUGGAAAGCGUUUGCGGUCAGUGAAACACAAAAUCAUAGUUCUGUCUGGGAAGGGUGGUGUAGGGAAAAGCACAUUUACAGCCCAUCUGGCACAUGGUCUAGCUGGAGAUGAAAACAAACAGAUUGCAGUGUUGGAUGUAGACAUCUGUGGCCCAUCCAUGCCUCGUAUCCUGGGCGUUGAGGGAGAACAGGUACACAAUAGUGGAUCUGGAUGGUCCCCGGUGUAUGUGACAGACAACCUGGCUGUGAUGUCUGUGGGAUUUCUCCUGUCUGGCCCUGACGAUGCUGUCAUCUGGAGAGGGCCUAAGAAAAAUGGGCUAAUAAAGCAGUUCCUGAAGGAUGUAGACUGGGGAGAGGUGGACUACCUUGUGAUAGACACACCUCCUGGUACCUCAGACGAGCAUCUUUCAGUGGUUCAGUAUCUCAGUGAGGCCAAUGUAGACGGAGCAGUGAUUGUCACCACCCCUCAAGAGAUUGCUCUGCUGGAUGUGAGGAAGGAGAUCAGCUUCUGUAACAAGGUUGGGCUGCCCUUGAUUGGCAUCGUGGAGAACAUGAGUGGAUUUGUCUGCCCUAACUGUAAGACUGAAUCUCAGAUAUUUCCAGCUACAACAGGUGGAGGGGAGAAGUUAGCUCAGGACUCUGGAACUCAAUUGUUGGGGAAGGUCCCCCUGGAUCCUAGAAUAGGUCGUUGUUGUGACGAAGGGAAGUCAUACCUGACUGAUGUCCCAGACUCGCCCGCUACACAGGCAUUUGUCUCCAUCAUCAGCAAGAUAGAGGAACACUGCGAGAAGUUGCAGAAGCAGCGUGAGUCUGAGACAGGGGAGGUGAUGGACACGUUAUGAACAUUUUGCUCCUGGGGUGGGGUCUGGCUCUGAACACUCCUCUCCGAGUGAUUCAUGGAAUGGUACAUAGGAUGAAAAACCACAACUGUGUGCACACUAUUGUUUAUUCCACAUAGUUUAUUAUCUCUAUUUUCUGGUGAACAUUAGCUGUUUUCCAACACAUAAUCAUGAGAUGAGCCAUUCUGAACACAAAACAUAUUUUUUCACUAAAUUUGAUAUAUGCCUGGAACCUAAGUGACUGAAACUGCCAUCAUAUUAGUAUAAAUAUAAAAUGUUAAGGUUGUUGAGUUAUGAAUGUUAACUGAAGAAGUGAAAGCUUCGUUUAUCCUGCUGUGUAUCACAUAAAGUAUCUUUAUUCUAAGUUGUACCAAUUGGCUGUGAUAAAUUUUCUUACAAUAUGAUCUUUGAUGUAUAUACAUGUAUAAAUAAAACUGUCUAAACCUUA